AUGUCCUGUCGAGCACUCCUACUUCUUUCGCUUGCAAGCGCUCAUGUGAGUGCUGCUCUCGAUGGCAGCAGAUACAUGUGGUUCACCCAACCCGGCCGAUGGCCUACCUUUGAAGAAGGGAUGCCGAUUGGCAAUGGUCGAAUCGGAGCGACAAUCUAUGGUGGCGGAGCAGAGGUUGUCGGCAUCAAUGAGAAUUCCAUCUGGACGGGGCCCUUUCAGGAUCGGACACCACUCAAUGCGACGGAGACCGAGCCUCUUAUGAUCCCAAACAACAACUCGCCGCGGGCUUACAGCUACUUUGGCAACGUCAAUCUGGACUUCGGCCACCCUGAUGAGGACAUGUCAGAUUAUGUCCGUUGGCUUUACACAAAGGAGGGAAUUGCCGGGGUAAGCUACAGUAUGAACGGGGUGAACUAUACCCGAGAGUAUGUCGCCAGCUACCCGCAUGGUGUUCUGGUGGCGCGGUUUAAGGCCAGCCGGCGGGGAGCACUGAACAUCAACGCCACAAUGACCCGGAUCAAGGAUAUCAAGAUCCCAAUUGAAUGGACGGGCGAAGCUCGCUUCAAAUCCGAUACAGGAAUGUUCAACGUAUCUGGUUCUUCUCUACUCAUACACAAUGUAACAACCCUGGAAAUGUAUUUCGACGCGGAAACUAACUUCAGAUAUACAUCACGAGAUGCGCGAGAGAAGGAGAUGCGCGAGAAGAUAAACAAUGCUUACACUCUUGGGUAUGACGCUGUGAGAGCAGCAGCUCGCAUCAGCAUUGCCCGUAAUACAUCUGCCGACGUACAACUCACUGUGUUAGUGUUCAACUUUGGACGACACCUACUCGUUGCUUCAUCGCGCAAUACAGACCAUGCGACAUCGCUUCUAGCGAAUCUACAGGGCAAAUACACCAUCAACAUCAACAUUGAGAUGAACUAUUGGCCCGCCGGACCGACCGAUUUGAUCGAGACGCAGGAACCCUUGUUUGAUUUGAUGGCAGUUGCCGAUGUUCGUGGACGGUCGUUGGCCAAGCGCAUGUAUGGAUGCCCUGGCACCGUACCCUGCGCCAACGACAACUACACUGCGUCCACCAUGUGGCCGAUGGGGGCUGCGUGGCUGGCGUGGCACAUGAUGGACCACUAUCGCUUCACCGGGGAUACAAGAUUCCUCCGCGAAGUGGCAUAUCCGUUCUUCGUCAAUGUUGCUGCGUUCUACGAGUGCUACACCUUUCCCUACCAGGGCUACCAAGUCACAGGGCCAUCUCUAUCGCCAGAGAACAACUUCUAUGUCCCCGCCGACGAGACUGUCGCCGGAGCGGCGCAGAGCGUCAACGUGGCCCCCGCGAUGGACAACCAGCUGAUGACCGAGGUAAAAGGCCAUCGGGCAGAAGCACCUUUCAUCCUGCGGGCUCUGAUGCCCGGUCGGCAAUUUAGCCCGCUGUUGAACAGCACCCUUGGGACUGCGGCCGAAGUACUCCUGGACCAAUGUGUUUCUCACGGGUCUGGGACAACCGGCUGGUCUCGGACCUGGCUGAUCAAUCAGUAUGUCCGUUUAUUCCGUGGCGAUGACGCGUGGGAGCAACUGACCCAAUGGUUUGCGUUCCAGAUUGACGGCAACUUUGGGUUCGUGAGUGGUGUCACGGAGAUGCUAUUGCAGAGCCAUGCUGGGAUCAUCCAUCUGCUGCCGGCUUUACCAUCUGCCUUACCCAAGGGAUCAGUGACGGGGUUGGUGGCCAGGAGCAACUUUGUAGUUGACAUCCAGUGGGAGGCGGGGAAGUUGGUUCAUGCGAAUAUCACUUCGCGUGCUGGUGGGGAGUUGCAGCUGCGGUGUAUGAAUGGUUUCUCGGUUGCGAUUAGCGGGCAGGGUUAUACGGGGCCGUUCAGGACGAAGGUUGGGCAGAAGUAUGUUGUCACGCCGGUCUGA